UUAGACACCACCAGCUCAUGCUGGUGGUGUCUAAACUGAUGAGCUGAUUUGUGGAUGGCGUCGUUUGCAGCUGCUAUUAGCUGCACUUUGCAAACAGAUGCUUUUUUAACAAAUUGAGCCUGAUUUAAUCAGAACAUUCGCCUGGAAGAAACAGAGGAGUUGGCAUACCAAAUGGAGAGCCAGGAAGAAGGAACAAUUGAAAACGGCGAGGAGGAGUGCCAAACACAGAAUGGGGGAAGCGAAGAGGAGCAGGAAGAGGGAGAUGAGUGGGCAGAUGAAGGGAUGGUGGUCGAUGGAGACAUUGGAGUCGAUUGGAUCGGGUUUAUUUCAGGGGGAACAGAGGAAGAGGAGGUGCUCACUGUAUGGAGACCCGGUGAACCAGUGACCCCACAGCAUGUCUUAUUGCUGAACAGAUACACUAGGGAGUACCUGUGUUCACCAGAGGACAACAUCUACAACAUAAACUUCUCUCGCUUCAAGAUCAGGGACCUGGCCAGUGGAGCGGUCAUCCUCGACAUCAAAAAACAUGUUCCAACAGAAAUUCAAGACGUCAUUGACCUUGACACAAGCAGAUUCAUCCGGUAUCACUUCUCUCCUGUCUUCCUGACCCUCAGAGAGAUAGGAGCUACGUUGGAGUUCACGGUGGGCAGCAAGGCACUGAACCGCUUCCGUCUGAUCGAGAGGCAUUUUUUCAGAAACCUCCUGCUCAAAACCUUUGACUUUGAGAUUGGCUUCUGCAUCCCACACAGCAGAAACACCUGUGAACACAUCUACUGCUUACCUGACCUGGACCCAGAGACAGUUGAGGAAAUGAUUUACAACCCAUUUGAGACUCGCUCGGACAGUUUUUACUUCGUCAACAACAAGCUGAUCAUGCACCACAAAGCGGAGUACUCCUUCGCCCCGCAAGGAGAAAGUGACAUAUCCAGCAGGGAGUAGUCAGGAAUGCCUCGGAUGCUGUUCCAUAAAUAAACGACGCUUCAGUUUGCACAAUUGUUA